CCUGCCAAGAGUGCGAGCUCUGGAACUUGCCGUUCGAAAUAAGGCUUGCUCACGUCGUCUACAUUAUUUCAACGACAGCAUAGCUCAACAGUGUAUCUUCCUUAACGGUAAAUUGUGUGCAUCUUCUAAUAACGUCCAGCAAUCUAAUGAUUCUCUACAGGACCUGCACAUUAUGGUUGUCAAAUACUCCCAACUGCGAGCAAUUCCCUCCUUUCUUCUACCUUUCUCCCAAUCAACAAGAAUAACACACGCACGAUGUCUUCACCAGCGAGUAAAGGCCAAACCAAUUCCAAGCCCAACACCCUUCGUCCCGAACGCAGAGACUUUCCUCACUCUUAUUGGUCGAAAUUUGAGUCAACAUGCCUCGAAAAUACCUUCCUGGAGAGCUCUGUUCUCCUUGACCUCCGCACAACUAAAAGAACUGGGCGUUGAGCCCCCUCGAAACAGGCGAUAUUUACUACGGUGGCGCGAAAAGUUCAGGACCGGUCAGCACGGGAUUGGAGGGGAUGCGAAGUUUGUCAAGAAGGGUGUUGCGGAAUUUCGGGUCGCAGAAAUUGCAGUGUCAAUUCCGGAUUCUGCAACAGCAACGUCAACAGUGGCGAAGCACAAGGUUGUAGUCAAUGUGGCAGCAGGAGGUGGUGUUCCGGAGACAUCAGCGGAGAAACUUGUGCCUGUCAAAGGCUUGAAGAUUAAGGGAGCGCAUACAAUUGUCGGACCUCACGUUCUGCCACUCAAAGGGGGCAAGGCAGCCAAGAUCGAGGUGAAGGAAGGAUUGUGGGAGGAGCGUAGAGGACAUAAGAUUGAUGGUGGAGAGAGGCGCCAAGCAGAGGUUCGAGCUAAGAAGAGAGGAGAGGAGAGGCGUUCUGCGAGGUAGACUCAGCUCGCGUGCAUGUGUCGUUCAUGUAAGAUAUUUGGGGCUAUGCUGUAUAGAUAUUAGAUUGCAGCUCAAAUUCUGCACACUACUGGCAAGGAUGCUUCAUCCAGGCUGUUAGGGCUCUGGUCUUGACUUCAGAAUCCUUCCUUCACAAGGCUGCAUAUCAGGUUUGAUACAGAACGUGUUCCAUCGUGAACGAAAACGGCUAUUUACGGAAGCAAGAUACGCUUUAUGAGGCAUUAGUAUUCUGGCAAGGUGGCCAGUGCCGUGCAAGAGCAUCCGUAGGGCAUACUCGGGGUCAGGUAAUUGGGGUCAUAUGCCAUUGUUCAACGAAGAACUUACGGCUUCGGUAACGGCGUGGAGUCAACAGAUACCCGUCAAUGGCCGAAAUACCUCAGAUCACUCUCGACGAGAGAUCUGACCAGUCCCAAGGAUCAAUUCAAGCUAAAUAUACCGAUCUAGCGCAAUUCUAAGGUCCCCACCAUUCCCUGUCAACCGCAAAGCGGCAUCGGCAGGUCUGCUACCCACCGCUGUAUGAGUUUCCCCGGAGUAGCCUUGUUUUUCUGUGAAUCAUUCAAUCAUCCGGCAGACCUUGCUCAGAAUAUGGGUCUGUCCUUAACAAGAUGGGCGAAGCAGCGCGUGGGAGAUGUGUUGCUGCCGCCCAUUGGAGAUGAAGGAAAUAGUCGGGGUAAAUAUGCUCCCUCUUACUUCUCUCAGCUCAGGCAGAGAAAUUACAACUCGGUCUGCCCUUCAGGCAGUACCUGCGUGUACGUUUGCUAUUCAAGAAUUCGCAAGCAGACGCGACUUCAAGAAAACAAAGCAGGACCUCGGCCAGAGAAUUAGGCGGUCUUGGAAUUGUAUGGAGGAGGUAUGGAGGGUGCAGACCAGACGAGACCCCAGACGGCAAGCGAAAGGGCUGCACGAUGAUGAUUUUACCUAUGCCUUUCAACUAAUGUUCCGCGACUCACGAUCUCCUUGACAUGGGAAAGGCGCCAACGGCCAGAACUUUCCCGUGGGCAAGUAUGCGUCAUAUCCGACGUGUGACCCGCGCAUCAACAGAUGCGGGUGCUUGAGGAUGCGCGGAUGCGAGGUGAAGACUCAUUCCCCCGUGCACUGGAGAUGGCCAGGCGCAUUCAGAUUACGGC